AUGGCACCCCGAAUCUUGGUUCUACACUCACGAGAAGAAUGGCGGAACCUCCUCCGUAGCCUUCUGCGCGAAUGUUCCUACCUCCCCGACCCCAUCGCGCGAUCAGCCUGCCACGAGCAGGUCAUAUUACGAUUCCGCCGGUACCAUGUCGAUCCAAAAAAACAUGAUGAAGACAUCGAGAGAUUAAAGACGGCCCGCAGGGAAGUCGCCAAAAAGUCUCUCUCAGUCCUUCGACGGGCAAACGAGGGUUUCACGAAACCACUAGAAAAAGUGCUAAAAUUCGCCUAUGGACGCAGUGGGAGACGGAGGGCUGAGUUGCUGAACAAACUACUUCAAGAUCACGGCGCCGUGAAUUCGGACGAUGUCAACGCCCUUAUCGCCGCCGCAGACCAGUUCGAGAAGAAAUGGGUGGCCCCACGAGUCGCUACAGAUCUGCUGAGAUCGCAAAUCGAUAACCCGUAUGUUUCGCAAAUAAGUGAUCGUACUAUCCCUAUCAAGGGCGACAAACCGCCUGGUGACAUGAAAAAUGCUUGGGGCAGAAGGAUGCCAUUAAAGCGCGGAGCGCAUUAUCGUCGGAGGUGGUAUAAAAUGGUCCUUGACGCUCUGCUCCCUCCCUUACCUGACUCCCAGUUGAAGGUGUUGGAGGGUCUAAUGUCUGGAGCUAUUCCAUGGAGCCCGCCGAAGCGCAGGUCACAAAAACACACUACUUCGCCUGCAGAUGCGAGUGACCUCGAUUCUAAGGGUGCGAUGAUCCAGACAGUUUUGACGGAUGGACCACCAAAAGAGGGAACGUUUGCUGCGUAUAAGAGUGGUCGCCCUCACAAUAUUACAAGACGGUUCAUGUUCCGGCUUUGGAAGCGAAUUUCGUGCCUGGUCCCGCGACAUCGAUGGGACGCGGAGUCCAAGAAGCACAUAUUCGAAUGGGAUACAGCGUCGGUUCCACCAGAUAUCGCCGUUUCUGCUAAGGAGGAUAGCUCGCUGAAGAUUCUCGGCGGCUCUGAUACCGAAUCCAAGACGUUACAUAAACCGAAGGAAACUACGAAAAGAGCUUCUUAA